CAAACUGCUGUCUUAAGUUUUUGUAAGCAUGUAGUGGUGUCAAUUCUUCCAUGAUUAUCUCAUUCUAAACUUAAAUUUCACAACAGUCUAUCUUUGCCAUUCUCUGUACAGAAUAAAAAAGAGAGCAUGCCAGAAUCGACACCAUUACCAUGGUAGGAUGGCAGGCGUUAAAAUAGGAUGGCUAUGACAUAUGACAUUGACAUUUACACAAACGUUAAAAUAAUCCAGCAAGAAUCAGUCAGUGUUUACAAUUUUGCAUUUUUUAUAAUUAAUGGAAAUAAAAUGAACAAUUUUGAAGAAAACACCUGCAGGAUAUGUUUACAAAAUAAGGACACAUUAUUCUCCUUAUUUAGGAAAAUAAAAGGUUCUUCACCAUACGAAAAACUUUUAAACAAGACUAAACUGCAAUUGAAUGUCGUGUGGGGACCAUCAUCUAUUUGUUCACAGUGUUUAAUGGAAUUAGAUACAACAGUGAACUUUCUUGAUAAGUGUGAAAAGUCUAACGCGAUCCUCGCCGCCAAAUCUCCAGAAAUUGUUGAACAUUUAAACAGUGUUAGUGAACAUCAUGUUGAUGAAGAAGAAAUAUCGGAUUUGAAUGGUGAGAGCAAGGAAGCACCUAUCGAAGUAGACACGGCAAAGUGCCCAGAGUGCGGAUCUUUGCGGAGAUGCAAACACUGGGCACCGCUUAAAACACUUAUUUGUAAUUUUUGCCAAAAGGCUUUUACAAGGAAAUUCAAUUUGAAAUUGCAUCUCAAACGUCACUUGGGUGAAAAAGACUGGCCAUGCCCAAAAUGUGGGAUACGUCAGCUCACACAGUGGUUGGCACGAAGGCAUUGUGGACCGAGGCCCAGGCGACCUUGCCCAGUGGCAGGUUGUGAUAAAUCAUUCACCACUAAUACCAAUCUGAACAGUCAUAUCAGAACUCAUUAUGGGCAGAGGAUUAGGCGUGAAGCCGUACAUGUGCCCGGUGUGCGGGCGGCAGUUCGCGACGAACAAGCUCGCGGCCCACCUGCGAGCACACGCGGGCGCGGGGCACAGGGCGCACGCAUGCGGUUCGUGCGCGCGUUCGUUCGCGACUCACCGUGCGCUCGCGUCGCACUCGCUGACCCACGCUCCCCCCGCGCGAGAUCAUCGCUGCCCUCGCUGCCCCGCCGCAUAUCAGCACCCGCAGUCACUUAGGAAACAUCUGCGACAACGGCAUGCAGAUGCAGAUACCGAAGCCGUGAAUUGAAAUAAUCUUAAUAUUAAUGGAUUCAAAGAAACUGCAGGACUUGAAUACUAGUGUCCACCAGAAGACCCUGAAAUUAAUCAGACCGAAAUAUACUAAUUUGAUUAUAUUCGAUGUUAAGUCGACAAGUUUAACAAUGAUUUGCCAUGAAGGUGAAUAGGUUCCACCUGAUAUGUUUUUAUAUACACAAACGUAUUAAGUGAAAUCGCUCGCGGCGCUCGAUUCGCCUCGGUCAAGGUCGCCGCGACGGCCAAUCUCACUGAUUGCUCGCAAAAUAAAUUGUGUCAUCCGCAUUGUUUUCUUGUUUGAUUUCCUUUUUUAAUAGAUUACCAGCUGCGCGAUUGGGUCAAUAUUUUCUAUUUUGCCGUUUUGGAAGUGAUAUAAAGCAGAAUGUAACGCUGGUAAUAGGCUUGAUAUUAGGAGUUAUGUCUUUAUGUAACUCUUUCAUUACUAUAUUUAAUUUAAAUUUAAAAGUUUCUCUAUUGUUGCAAUAGUUAAAGUUUUGAGUAGAUAGUUGGCGGUGCAAUAUCGCCGGGGGCCGCCGUUGGCGCUGGCCGAGAGACAAAAAACAGCAUUUGGGUCAUUGCACUAUCUUGAAACAAGCCGCAGUUUCUCGCGUCGUUUUCUAUUUCGCAUCGCGCCCGCGCCUGGACCUUCACCCAUAUAGUCGACAGACGUUGUCGCUGAUUCGACGUGCCUUGAUCAAAAUUCGAAUUUCACGCAUCGACUCCAGUCGAAUCGAUCCAACAAAACUAGCAAUGAAAUCAAUUAUUUACGAAAUCGUUUAUUAAGAAACUUAGGUACAGUUCUCUUAUACUAAAGCGCUAAAUACAAAAAUAUAAACUAUUCAUGCCGUCGCGUGACAUCUUCGAAGGCGAGUCUCACGUACGAACUUUUACAACUAGAACAUCACAGGCAGUCGUUUCAUUUCUCGCUUUCUGCGUCUAUGGAAGCCGUUAUAUAAUACAAACAUACAAAAAAAGACUACAACUACAGAGCCACUUUUAUGAAGUUGGAAGGAGCGGUGGCUUCAUCUGAUUUAAAUAAAUAACUUAUGGCGGGUGCUUGCGGGAAGGGCGUCGGGUCACGUUUUGGGCGACGCGUGGGUGAUGAGGCCGGGGCUCGGCGACUCCACCUGCACGUUGGUGGCGCGCACGUAGUUGUUCCUGUAGCCGGUCUCGGUGACGCGCGCGUUGGGGCUCAGCUUGUCGGAGCGCUCGCGCUCGUCGGCGCGCUCCCCGCUCCCGGCCCGCUCGCGCUCGUCCGCUCGCUCCUUUUCGUCGGCCCUUUCCCGCUCAUCGGCACGCUCGCUGUCGUCGUCUUUGUGUUGCACGGUUAUCCUUUCGCUCUCGGAUAGCUCCUCCUCCUUCUCGUCUUCGAGCCGACCCGAUUCGUCCGUUCGCCCCUUGUCGUCGAGCCUCUCCCUUUCGCCUAUCCUUUCGGGAUCUUCGCGUAAUCGCUCGUGAUCGUCUAAGAAAUAGUCGACUUUCUCCGGUGCUUGUUCGAGACGCGCCAAGUCCUUAUCUUCCGCUGGGUCUGGGAUUGUCAAGCUUCUGAAAUACUUUUCUUCCUCCGAGAUAGGUAGCUUUCGACCGUAAUAAUCGUAGUCACCGGCUGUGAAUGGAUCUUCUUCUUUCACUUUUUCUUUUUGUUCUUCUUUUUCUUUGGUGGAUCGCGUCUUGCGACUCUUGCGGCGGCGUUUGCGUCUAACGGGCUUCUCGGUCUGAGGGUAGUUGGAACUAUCCUCGCCGUCUGUGUCGUUCUCCUGGUAAUAGUAAUUUUUCUCGCCUGAGUUUGCGACCUCCCUGCUGCUUCGAUCGUCAUCAUGGUCUGGUCUAUGACGGUGCGGUCUGUCAUAAUCUGAUCUAUCGUGAUGCGAUCCAUCGUCAUGAUCCAAUCUGUCUACUUCCGGUCUUUCGCGAUGUAAUUUUUUCGGCCGUUUCUCUUUGUAUAUCGGAGGCACUCUAACGGUCACCGUGUCGAUUUCGCCAGGGUUUUGUUCCGUGGGGGGAAGCACACGCGGUUUCAGCGGUCGUCGGGGAUCUUCGGUCGUCGUCGUCACUUCGGAAUCAUCCUCGGGUGCUUCGGGCUGUUGCAAAGGAAUACGGUUGGCUCUAGGUCGAUUGCGUUGUAAACUCUGGUGAGAGUUUGGAUUAUCGGAUCGCCUAAUUUGGUUAGCCAAGUUUCGAUCACCGAAAUGGACAUUUCUGUAGUCCAAAGGCGCCUGCUUCUUUCUGGGUAGAUUUUGCUUCUGUUUGGCAUCCCAGAAAUUACCCACCGCCGUGCCGAAAUCCUGCACCGCUUUCGUCCGAUCUCGGGACUCCUGAGCGUCCUCGUAAUCGUCCUCAUCGUCGAGGUUCUGAGCUUCGGGGACCUCGUCAUAAGCCAGGUAAUCGUCCUCCACCAAAGCGUUCUGGGGGUUCAGCCGACGCGCAUCCACAGCGUUGACGCGUUGCGCUACUCCGUUUCUCACAACGAACGCGUCGACGUAGACUCGCGGAGUGCGGGGUUCCUCCGGAGGCAACCUGGCGGCUCGCGGUUGAAUCGCGACGGGAGCGAUCGGCGCCGCGGCGAUCGCCGGAGUCGCUUGCAACUGCUGGGGUUGCGCUUCGACGGCGGCUCCCGGCGGGCCCGGCGUGCUUCUUAUGAAAUUGAAAUCGAGCCGGAAGUUCGAGGAGAUCCUUUCCAAGUUGUCUUUGGGAGGCGGGGGCGGAGGGGGCGCGCACGGAGCCGGGGUGGCGGGGUUGGUGGCGCGGCCCGCGCACGGGGGCGGCGGGGGAGGAGGGGGAGGCGGCCUCACCACCGGCCGGGGCCUGGGGCAUGGCGGCGGGGGCGGCGGGGGAGGAGGCGGGGGCGGGGGAGGCGGCAACUGCGCCCGGCACGGCGGGGGACCCACGGCCCGGGGCGCUCCACACGGCGGCACCUGAGCGGGGGCGGGCGCCGGCGCAGGCGCAGGCGCAGGAGCGGCCGCAGGCGCGGCUUGGAACGGCGCAUCGAUCCCCGGCACGGGCGCCAACGGCGGCGGGAACGGCGUCGCCUUCCGAGCGACGUUGUAGCCGAGCACGUCGGCGAGCCCCCUGAACACUAGAUCGCCGAAGGUCCGCUUCUUCCUGACGACCGGCUCGUGGUCGUCGUCGGUCUCGGCGAGGGUUUCGUCGGUCGCAUCGUCGAGGAUCACGGUCCUGUUGAGGAGAGGUCGGUCUUCGUCGACGUCGAUCGAGGAGUCAUUGAGGUUUCGCGGUUCUGCGAGGGUGUCGUUGGCGAGGGUGUCGUCGGCGAGGGUUGCGGGUGAUACGCAGGCCGCGGCCAAUAGCAGCAGCAGCGGCGCGGGCGGGCGCAUGGCGCGAGCGGAGUGUCGCGCGGGAGGCGGCGCGGGCCGGUUUUGUCGCGGCGGCGGUUGCCCAAGCGCGGACACGCUCCACUGCGCGCGCCCCGACUCCGAGCUCGCCUCUGGAGACGUUUCUGGUUCUUGGCUGGAUUUAAAUGUCACUAUUGAUGUGUUCAAAAUGUAAUUUUUAUACUAAUUAAAAAAUACAGUAGGUGCAUGAUAAUUUCAGCUUCUUACUGUGUCAAGAUUAUACCGACGCGGUUUGACGGACAGUUUUAUAUUUAUUAGUGUCGUUCUGAUGCCCCCACUUAAUUUUUUGCGAAUACGACAUCGCACAAGCGCAAAAUGUGCAUGCAUAUCUAUUGAGAUAAAUUGAGAUACUUCGGAACUGACAUAGGUACUAUGACAUCUUAAAAUAUUUUACAGAUACGUUUGCCUGAACGGCCUAAUUUGUCCCCUGCGUUUCGUUCCUCUUAGAUUAUUUCUCGAAUACUAGUGGAUGUCCGCGACUUCGUCCACGUGGAAAUAUUGGUUUCCCAAACUAACUUCCACCUCUCUUUUCACUCUCUCAAAGGAUAAUUUCUAGAAUACAAACGAUCCUAUGUCCUUUUUCGGGACAUAAACCUCCAUCUCGAUACCAAAUUUCAUUCAAAUCAGGUUUAUGUGUGAAGGGGUAACAGAAACACAGACACACGUUUGCAUUUAUAAUGAUAAUUUGGAUUACUUUCUGAAAGCUAUAAAUACAACCACCGAUCGUUGCUUCUAAUUUCCACUUUAGUAUUGGACCAUUAAUAUUGACGACCUCCUUGGCCGAGUGGUUUGUACGCCGGGUUUCAUGGUGUCGCCGA